CUCAGGGGGGAAAAAUGAGAGCAGAACAAACUCCUAACAGAAGGAGACUUCCUCAUGGCCUAUGAGACAGAGGAUCAUGAGACUCAAUACUGCUUUCCUGUCAUUAACUCAUCAUGUAUCAAGGGAAGGCGCUCUAAAUAUGAAUAUAAUAUAAUGUAUGUGUUUGUAUCAUUGCUGUCAGCAUGGACUGUGUUUCUGAACCUGCUUGUGAUCAUCUCCAUCUCUCACUUCAAGAAGCUCCACACUCCAACCAACAUGCUCAUUCUCUCUCUGGCUGUGACUGACCUGCUUGUUGGACUUUUUGUAAUACCUUUGGAGGGCAUUAAAAUAAUCGAGACUUGCUGGUACUUUGGAGACAAUUUCUGUGGAAUGUUUAUAUUAACCAUUGCACUGCUCUUCUCUGCAUCCCUUAGUAAUUUAGUUUGUAUUGCUGUUGAUCGUUUUAUAGCUGUGUGCUACCCUUUAUUGUACCCACAAAAAAUAACCAUGACUAAAACAAUACUUAUCAUCUGUCUCUGCUGGUUUUGCUCCUUAACAUAUAACAUUACCAUAGUGAUAAGUAAUGGAUAUUUUGACAAAUCAAACCAAACGGAUAUAUGUUAUGGACAGUGCUCCAUAGUGGCAAAUUUUGCCUGGCGGGUCACUGAUCUGUUUUUGUCCUUCGUGUUUCCAUGUAUUGGGAUCAUAACUUUAUAUUUAAGGGUAUUUUAUAUUGUGCAUCAACAAGUAAAAGUUAUAAACUCUCUGGUGAAAUUUGGAAAGUGUGUAAUAGAAAGUUCUGUGAGAAGGAAAUCUGAGAGCAAGGCUGCUCUGACAUUAGGAAUCAUUGUGAUAGUUUAUCUGCUAUGCUGGAUUCCAUACUAUAUUUUGUCUGUAACAUAUAAUGGUACACAUGCUUUCACAAUAGUGAAUUUUCUAACAUGGGCCUUGUAUAUUAACUCUGGUCUGAACCCCCUUAUCUAUGCUUUAUUUUACAGCUGGUUUAAACUGUCAAUUAAAUACAUCUUAACUCUCAGAAUAUGUCAGCCAGCAUCAUCUCUGCUGGACAUUUUUACAGAUGUUGCAUGA